AUGUCCACACAUCGAAAGACUUACAAAAAUCAACUGAAAAGGUUCAAUAGCAGUAACAAUAGCAUAUCUACGGAAUUAUCUAGCUUGCUUGAAUUGUUUCCAGAUUGGGAGUCUGAUGAAUUGAAUUCUUUAUUGAAUGAAAAUGAUCAAUCUUUAGAAGUCGUAAUUGAUUUAAUCGUUAAUAAUAAAGUAUCUAAAUGGGAACCUAUUAAAAAGGAGAAAAACAAAAAGAAAGAAGUUAAAGAAGAAACAGACAAUAGCAAUCUCCACAAUUCUUCAUCUACAUCUGCUCCACACCAAAGUUCAAAUGAUAAAAAAUUUACACAUAAGUCAAAACCAUCAACUAGACCUCCUAGAAAUAAAACAAAUUCUUCGAGAAAAACUACGAGAAACAACGAAAAAGCUUCUUCAACAACUUCGUCACAAUCAAAUGGUGAAUCAACUGGAUCAUGGGCUUCUGCUUUAGGAACUGAUAAACCUCCUGUACAAAAACAACAUCAACCAACUCAACAAGCGGAAAAAGCAAGUGAAGACGCGCAAUCUACUAAAGAGGAACAAUCUACCAAUUCAGAAGAAACACCUUCAACAGAAGAAUCAAAUUUAGAAACUCAACAAAAAGAGACAACUGCUCCAGUCUCAAAACCUGUAUUAAAAGAAGCAUCAAUUCCAGAAUUGAAUCAAGGUUCUUGGGCUUCAGCAAUUACUCCUAAAACUAAACCAAAACCUAAACCUGUGACUAAACCACAACCAGCUCCGCCAUCACAACCACAACCAGAAGUUAAUGAAGCACCGGAACUUGAGAAGGAACAAGAAACCCCAUCUUUAGAAGAAUCACAACAAAGUUAUGAACCAGAAUCAAAACAGGAUUCUCAAUCAGAAGUACAAGAGCAACAACAACCUCAAUCAUCAGCAUCACAACAUCAACAAUCAUCUUUAGAAGAAACAGCUCCACAAGUUGUAUUACCAAAUUCUCAACAACAAGUCAAUUCUGUUGGUAUAUCAUUUGGAUCGUUAUCGUUAGGUGAAGAAGAGAUUCCAGAAUCAUCUCAAGUUGAAUCAAACGAUCAAAAUCUCCCAGAACAACAUCAACAAUCUCAUCAACAACAAGCUCAACAAACUCAACAAAAUUAUGGUUUGUACGAUCAACAAAGUCAAAGAUAUCAACAAGCUGGUUACCAACAACCACAACAACAACAACAAACUCAUUACGCAAAACAACAACAACAACCACAACAACCACAACAACAACCACAGCAACAACAUCAAACCCAACAGCAACAACAAUAUGACUAUUACAAUCAAUUCCAGCAACAACAAUACCCUCAACAGGCGGCUCAACCUGGUGCGCAAUUUGCAGGAUACCCAGGAUUCGAUUAUAAUGCUUACAAUCAACACGCUUUUGGUCUUACUUCACCAGCUGCUAACCACACAGCUACUGCUCCAUCAGGUUCAAGUGGUUACAAUUAUGCUCAACAAGCUGUUAACGGUGGUUCAUCCGAUUCUACACAAUCACCAGUUGUUGGUCAAUCAAUUUUACAACAACAAGCAUCUGCUUUAGCUCAACAACAGCAACAACAGCAACAACAACAAAUACCUCAACCAUUUGGAUAUCCUUACUACAAUUACUAUUACAACAACCCAUACUUUAAUGCAGCUGGUGGUUUAGGUAAUACUGGAUUUAAUGCUACAACUAAUGCUGGAUCUCUUGGUCAACAGUCUCAACAAAGUUCUCAACAAUCAAAUCCUCAAUCUUCAAAUCAACAAUCUACUAUCUCAAACAAUGGAUUUGCUGGUGUUCAACAACAACAACAAUAUUAUAAUCCAAACCAAUAUUCUAAUAGAUAUCCAGGUUAUUCAUUGCCACCUCAACCCCAACAACAAGGUCAACAAGGUCAACAAGGCGCUCAACAACCACCAAGUUCUGGUGAAGAGAAUUCUCAACAAUCACAUCAACAGGGUCAACAACAAGCACAAGCUCAACAAAGUCAACAACAACCAAACUUUCAACAACAAGCCCAUCAACAACAAGGACAACAAGGACAACAAGGACAACAACCAAUUCCACAAUAUGCUGGUUAUCAACAAUACCCACAAUAUGGAUAUCAAGAUUCAACCCAAUAUCGUGGUGGUUGGUAUUAA